CACUGCUCCUCUCUUCCCUAGCAGGGCAGCAGGACUACGAUCUCCUGGUAAUUGGUGGGGGAUCUGGUGGCCUGGCUUGUGCCAAGGAAGCUGCUCAGCUGGGGAGGAACGUGGCCGUGGUUGACUAUGUGGAACCUUCUCCCCGAGGUACCAGAUGGGGUCUCGGUGGCACCUGUGUCAACGUGGGCUGCAUCCCCAAGAAGCUGAUGCAUUAUGCUGCCCUGCUGGGGCCCAUGAUCCGGGAUGCCCACCACUACGGCUGGGAGGUGGCCCAGCCUAUCCAGCACGACUGGAAGAAAAUGGCAGAAGCUGUGCAAAACCACGUGAAGUCCUUGAACUGGGGGCACCGUGUCCAGCUGCAGGACAGAAAAGUCAAAUAUUUUAAUAUCAAAGCCAGCUUUGUCAACAAGCACACAGUUUGUGGCAUCGCAAAAGGAGGUAAAGAAACUUUGCUUUCAGCUGAACACAUCGUCAUCGCUACUGGAGGGCGCCCGAAGUACCCUACGCACAUCGAAGGUGCCUUGGAAUAUGGAAUUACAAGUGAUGACAUCUUUUGGCUGAAAGAAUCCCCUGGAAAAACGUUGGUGGUUGGGGCCAGCUACGUAGCCCUGGAGUGUGCUGGCUUCCUCACGGGAAUCGGCCUGGACGCCACCGUCAUGAUGCGCAGCAUUCCCCUCCGAGGCUUCGACCAGCAAAUGUCUGCUUUGGUCACAGAGCACAUGGAGUCUCACGGCACCAGGUUCCUGAGAGGCUGUGCCCCCUCCCACGUCAGGAAGCUCCCGGACGGUCGGCUCCAGGUCACCUGGAAGGAUGGCAUCUCCGGCAAAGAGGACACGGGCACUUUUGACACAGUCCUAUGGGCCAUAGGUCGGGUCCCGGAAACCGGAAGUCUGAGCCUAGGGAGGGCAGGGGUGAACACCAACCCUAAGACCCAGAAGAUUCUCGUGGACUCCCAGGAGGCCACCUCUGUCCCCCACAUCUAUGCUAUUGGAGACGUUGCCGAGGGGCGGCCUGAGCUGACACCCACGGCCAUCAUGGCAGGGAGGCUUCUGGCCCAGCGGCUCUUUGGGAAGUCCUCAGACCUGAUGGAUUAUAACAACGUUCCCACAACUGUAUUUACUCCGCUGGAGUACGGCUGUGUGGGGCUAUCCGAAGAGGAAGCCAUGGCCCAGCACGGUCAGGAGCAGGUCGAGGUUUAUCACGCAUAUUAUAAACCUCUGGAGUUCACAGUGGCUGAACGGGAUGCAUCUCAGUGUUACAUCAAGAUGGUGUGCCUGAGGGAGCCCCCACAGCUGGUGCUGGGCCUGCAUUUCCUCGGCCCCAACGCAGGCGAAGUCACUCAAGGAUUUGCGCUGGGGAUCAAGUGUGGAGCCUCCUAUGCACAGGUGAUGCAGACGGUGGGAAUCCACCCCACCUGUGCCGAGGAGGUCGUCAAGCUGCGCAUCUCCAAGCGCUCGGGCCUGGACCCCACCGUGACCGGCUGCUGAGGUUAAGCCGCCACCCCUGCAAGGCUAAGGGCACACAGGAUGCCGCCCCGCUGCCACUCUCCACAGAGGCCCAGACCCAGGACCGAAAGGCCAGGUCUGGAGAGCCUGGGAGACGUCGCAUGGAGCGGCGUGACUUCACGGACGACCCGUGUGCCCUGCAGGGAUGGCUCCAGGGGCAGUCAGCCCCAUGCCUGCACCCUCUCCCCUCUUCUGCCUGGGCCAGCAGCCCCUCAGGCCCCAGUGCCAGAUUAUGAUGGCCUGGACAGAAACCCACCCUGUGGGCUGUCCGUGUCUGAACACCCUGGCAUUUCUGGAGUGCAAAUAAAGAGCGUUUUCCUAAUGUGUUCUGCCCGUGCUGUUUCCAGUGCACUCUCAGGAUUGUCCAGGAGGGACAGGGCCUCACCAGCCUGCAAGCCCUCUUAUAUAAGACCUGCUGGUGGGUGGGAGCGGCAGGCCCUGUCCCUUUCUACCCUGAGCAGGAUGAACUGACCCCCCU